AUGACCGACGACCCCUCGCCUUCUCCCCUCGCACCCGGCUCCGGGCCCCUGCCUCCUUCAUCCCAAUUUCCGAACCAUGAUGGACCUCGAGUCUGGGUUCUCUCUGCUGGCGACUCUCCAAUUGGCAUAUCGCUCACGCGUCAAUUGCUGGCCCAUGGUGACCAUGUAGUCACGGGCAUCACGCCUUCGAACCCGGAGCGAGAGGACCCGCGACGAGUGAAUUUUGAUGCAUUCCUGGAGGAACUAAGUGCCGAGGAGGGCCAAAAUGGGUACAGGGAGAGGUUAGAGCCUGUGGAGCUGGAUAUUAGAAUGAUGAGCGAUUGCCAAGUUGCCAUUGCUACGGCUGUCGCUAAGUUUGGCAAGGUUGAUAUCUUAUUUUGCUGCUCCAGUCAAGCCAUUAUCGGAGCUGUCGAAGAACUCGCGGUUUCCGAACGCACUCAAGCAUUAGUGAGAGACCAAUUCGAAACGAACUACUUUGGCCCAGUCAAUCUGGUUAAAGCCGUACUACCCCAGAUGCGCAAGCAAAAGUCCGGUCAUAUUAUGGCUCUAGGUGGAAUCACGGGACACAUAGGAACGCCGGGACUGGGGGUUUAUUGCGCUGCUGGGUGGGCACUCGAAGGGUUUUGCGAUAGCAUCGCAUAUGAAAUCGCCCCUUUUAACAUUCGCGUGACUAUUCUCCAAUGCAAUAUCGAAAUUGGCAUCCUGUCAAACCUCGUCACCAGCGUUCCCCCUCUAUAUCCCAUCUAUUCCCGCUCCAUCAACCACGCGCCUCUAUUCCGCGGGAUCAUGAAUGACAUCCUCUCCCGUUUACCAGGCAUCUCAGGACACGUCGAAACUCCCGUUCAAUCCCCUAUGUCCGGCCCAUCUCCCGCCUCCUUAUCUUCCACAUCCACCGGCAAUCCUGAAACCCACCACGAGCGAAGCAGCGUGGACUCAGAUCUCUACCCUCUCUCCGCUGGAAAUAUAGUUUCUCUUUAUCCUCCGUUAAGCCCGGCUCAUUUAGACGUUCUCACAGCAGAAACGAUACACGCUAUAACCGCAAUUGGGGGCCAUGAAAACCCGCCGGCACGGCAUAUAGUUGGGGCAGAAUCAGUUGCAAGCGUAAAAGAGAAGCUGAAGACAGUUAGUGAAGAAUUAGAAGAUUUCAUUGCUUGUAGCUCCGCUGUGGAUAUUGGAGCGGAUGAAAACGCCAUGAGAGUGGUGAGCGAAGAGACUACUGCGCAAGCAAGUUCUUGA